CCUGUGCGGAACUGGUCAUGCAAAGUAGGAAAGUGAAACGUCUCCUCUCCACCAGUUUACGCACCCGUGCCUCCCUGUAUACAGGCUGUGGGAACUGUGGAGCGCGUAACGUGUAACUUGCCUUCUUCGUUUGAAACAACUGUGUGUUACGACAAUUUUGAGAAAUGGCAGAUGAGCUGAACAGGAUUAGGGUUAAGUUUGUGGACAGCGCGAACAAAGAACUGAUCAAGGAGCUCCUGGACGGCCUUUUAGAGGUUGGUGUCUUGAAUGAUGGCCAGAAGGACUCAAUUCUUGAGGAGAAUCCUAGCACGAAAGACAAGGCACGUGCUCUCAUUGACAGAGUUAGGAGAAAAGGAGAUGAUGCCAGCAGGAAGAUGAUCGCUCUCCUUCAAAGCAGAGAUCAAACACUUUAUGAUUCACUCGGUCUUUCCUCUGGGAAACCUGCUCAGCCAGACACGUUUGUUUGAAACCUACAGGUCAUGCAACGCUUUGAGGACUUUUCCGUGAACAACAAAAGACAGAUGCCGACCAAAGACAGGGUCACUGACAAGGCGCUUCUACUUCUUUUUUACUUUUUAUGGUGUGUAUUAAUUUUUUCCAUGUUUUAAAAUACAAAUAAACUUUACUAUCUCUAAA